AUGGACGAGUCUUCUUCCGUCGGCUCGGUCGGCAAACACUCUCGAGGCAGCUCGACCGCGACAUCGAGCAAUGACACCGCUGCUAGCAGUGUCUCAGGCGCAGUCAACACCAAAGACGACGGCACCUCGUUCAACAAGCCGUGGGAAGUCUCGAAAAGCCCCGAUGCCACCGCAAUUUACAGCCCCUGGAGUGACGAAUGGACUGACGCGGCUAUGGGAGCUUCUACCUUCCCACAGCAGAUUGAAUCAAUUCAAGAAGCGCCAAAGAAGGAGAAGAAGAAGAGCUACGGACCCGACAUCGUCUGGAUAUGCCGCGCCACGCAGCUUGUGCCACUCAUGCAUCUACUCUUCCCUGGCGAACCCGUCUUUUACGAUGGCGAGUUUGUCCACUUCAAGCUCCGCAUCCUCGCGACCGGCAUAAUCAUCUUCAAGCAGGUUCUGGGUCGUGGAGCAGUCGUCAAUUCCGCAGGUAAACCCAUCUACGACGUCUACCCGUCAUACCCAAGCAAGGGUAAAUUCACCAAGCACUACGAGAUUCUCGAGAAGCGUUUCGCACCUAGCAAGUACAUGGUCGAACUUCCCGACACCUGGUUCGAGAACGGUGCCCAGCCAGCCAGCGAGGUCGAGGCGGAGCUCCGCGUGAUCUUCCACGGUCGUCCGGUCGUCAUGCAUGACCACCGCGGUGACACGACGGCCUUCCUCUACGAGACCGCAAAUUCCAUCAUGCACGACAAUGGCGCUACUAUCGUCGACACUCAGCAACUCUACGCCGGCGCCAUUCCGGAUGCCGGCGAUCCCUCUCAACCAAGUCUUGCUAAGACCUGCAAGUUUAUUCUUGGCGAGGAUCCUCAGGCAGACGGAAACCAUAGCCCCGUCAAGGACGCAGAUGGUGUACGGAAGUUGUGGUUGGCAUUGAACCCUGACUACAACCGUGCUGCGGAGCUUGCGAAGUUGCACGCUACAGGUUGGACUCCGCAGCGUUACCCAAGACAGAUCCCAUCAACGAGCGCCGUGGAAGCUGAGCUGGAGGCCGAGGUAGAGGUAGACAAGGCGUUGAUAGAGGCAGGGCUCAUGGUGUUGCUGGCUCGAGCGGCGUCAACUUUCGUACGCCGACUACCAUCAACAGCACUCGCGGCAAUCUCUAUACCUCUACUUUUCGCGGCGGCUCCUCUGCCAAUGGUCGUGGUGGCAAUAGGGGCGGUGCUGCUCGUGGUCGAGGCAACAAGCGCGCUGCAACAAGCUCUUUCAAGCUCGAGGAUCCUGACUUCCCUACCUUGGGAGAAGAGUGACGGCGUCGCUGAGCACGGGACAUACAUCUUCUAG